CCCUUCGUUUACGGGGAUCAAUAGUACCAUAACAUAUCUUUAUAUCAAAGGUCCUUAUUGUUUACUUUACGGAUGGAUCUACUAUUUUGAAAAUCUUCGGGAGAUUGUUUCGUCAAAAGCUACUGUUUAUUAAGACUUUAAUAAGAUUAAUGACGAAAGGGACAAUUGUGCACUGACGACGGUGUGUUAUGUUUAAGAAUCUGUGGUAUAAUAAGGCACUUUGGUAUAGAAGAAAAAGUUUUUUUCAUCAUUCAAGAAAUGCAGAAGAAAGUAGUUGGGGGAGAACGGCACAUCUACGUAAAACCUAGCGAUGGACUGGAUCCUAGUGGUGCACGCAGGAAGAACCCUAAAGAGAAACCUGUUCUGGAAAACAGAGAGAUGAGGAACAUCCCCAUAGCUCCAAGGCUAAGCCAGGAAAUUAGGAACAUUGCGGCACAGUCCAGUGGUGCUCUGACCAUCCAUGGCAAAAGAGGGAAGAAGAACGACCAUCCCAUCAUUCCAACUCCCCUGCCAGAGAGUGCAGAAGGGGUGUAUGGAGAACCCGAACUGCAUUCAGCUCUGAGGGUCAGUCAAGCCUUGUGGAAGGUGAGAGAUGAGGAGCCUGACCUGUCAAUGAUGCUCAAGGAGAAGCUGGACUCUCCAAACACAGCAGUCAGGGUUAAGAAGCAGAGAGCAAAGCGAGUGAACGUGACUGGGUCACGGCAGAUCUUCAAUGACCUUGUGUCUGUUGACGUCAAAGAGCAGGAAUUGGCAGCCCAGUUUGAAGAUCAGCUCUAUAUGAGAGCAACAGCAGUCCAGCCUCGAGCCAGACCUCGUGACCCUGAACCACAGCUAACUGAUUACCUCAACAUGGAGGAUUACAUAACCACCUGUCCCAUCACCAGCAUACAAGUGCACCCUCCGUUUAACAGUGUCAGGCCUCACAGGGUUGGGAGGGAGGAACUGUGUCAUUUGUAUGGUCAGCUGAUGGAGUGAGAAUAUGUGUGUGUAUAGUGUGUAAUAUGUUUUUGCACAUACCUGUACAUUAGAUGUGUUGAAUCUUGUGCAUAAAUUUUUUAAAAGGAGAAAGGGACAGCUUCCUAUUCAAAUAUAUUUUUUAUUUCUUCUUCUUUAUACUAUUUUACUGGUAUAGUAUAUCCUGUUAACUGUUCUAGCAUGUGAUUUCAUUACGCAGGGCAUUAUAUGCAAUAGAAUAUAUUUAACAUAAUACAUAAUUAUAUUUGUAUCAAAUUACAGCUGUUUUUAGUUUACUGUGAAAUUGCUAAUGCAUCUGCUUUUACACUAGUGCUGUCAUCUUAAAUACUGAUAUAAUAUAUUAUUGAUGUUGUUUGCAUGUAUUGACAUGCUAUUUUAUCAUUCCUAUAUCAUUAUAGUGAGAAAAGUUUAGUCCUACAGAAGUUGGACUUUAUUAGCUAAUAAGAAAAUUAGACGAUUUAUUUUUGUACUCUGGAUAUAAAUAGAUGAACACAAGGACUUCCUUAUGUAAUAAUCAUUUUCGGUAAAUGCAGUAAGGAUGUUUAGUGUUUGAGGAGAGUUACAAAACUUGUGAGCUUACUCUGUGAUAAUAUGCAUACAUUGAUAUGGGAGUUUUGUAUGUAAUGGUUAUUUAUAUAUAUACAUAUACAUAUAUAUAUAUAUAUAUAUAUAUAUAUAUAUAUAUAUAUAUAUAUAUAUAUAUAUAUAUAUAUAUAUAUAUAUAUUAUAUGUAUAUAUAUUAUAUGUGUAUAUAUAUAUAAUGUAUUUUUAGUCUAUACCCCCCCUACUAUAGAUUUUACUUUUUAUAGAAAGUAAAUAGACAUGACUUAAUAAUACAGCAGAAGUACAGCAUAUGGUAAAAAAUAAAUUAAGAGUAAAGGACAUGAAGAGUCUGUUAUCUU